GUCACUGACAUGAACCUGCACGCGUGCACCGUGCAGUCUGUCUGACAGACACACACACACAUAUAAAUAUAUAUAUAGCUACAGUAUAUAUAUAUAUAUGUUGCGGUCAGUGCAAAGCGACGAGAGUUAGAGACACAGACAAGAUGAGAGCGCUGAUCACAACUGUUUGCUUCGCUAUAGGUCUCCUGAAAUGUCUGGGGGAAUCAGAAACGUUUGCCCGUGGCCGGAGGAAGGUGGGAGCGAGUCGUAUCGUGGGGGGAAGUGAUGCGCAGAAAGGGGCGUGGCCCUGGCAGGUCAGCGUCAUAAAAGACGGCUUUCCCAUCUGCGGGGGAUCGCUGAUCGACAAGAACUGGGUUCUGAGCGCAGCACACUGCUUCAAGGGUUCCAGCAAUGUAAAGCCCUUCACAGUGCGUCUGGGGGCCCUGUCUCUGAGCCAGCAGCAGGGUGUGGACAUGAGGUUGCUGAGCAUUGUUGUGAGACCCGGGUUCAAGUCCGCUGAUCAGGGAGGCGAUGCUGCCCUGUUACAGCUGGAGCAGCCCGCCCCCCUCUCCGAAACCAUCCUCCCGGUGUGCCUGCCCUCCCCCUCCACCCCCUUCACAGCGGGACAGGAGUGCUGGGUGACUGGCUGGGGUAACAUCAAGGAGGGAGUGCCCCUGUCCAGUCCCCGCACUCUGCAGCAGCUCAUGGUUCCUCUGGUGGACAGCGUGUCCUGUGACACCAUGUACCACAUCGGCACCUCUGUCAGUAAGAGCGUACCCCUCAUCCUACCAGACAUGAUCUGCGCGGGGUACCAGGAGGGGAGCAAGGACUCCUGUCAGGGAGACUCUGGGGGUCCCUUGGUGUGCCCCAGUCCGGACGGCUCCUGGAUCCUGGCCGGGAUCGUGAGCUGGGGGGACGGCUGCGCCAAGCCCAACCGACCAGGGGUGUACUCGCGUGUCACUUCCUUCCUGCCCUGGAUCCGGGAGACCCUGCCCGUCCAAACCACUUCCGGGUCGAGCGACCAGUCCAAUCUGACCUCCGGAAAUGUCUGCGGCCAACAGAAACUGUCAAACUCCACGGCUUUCUCUAUCAAACCCAGCACCUUCAGUCCGCUGGCACUGGCUGCAUUGACUUUGUUCGCGUUAUAAAAAACAGGGAUGGAAAUACAUACAUAAAGACUGUGAAAUCCAACUGGAUCCUGAGAUCGGGUUUGUUGAGAGACAAUUACAGACUAAUCCUGCUUCGUAAAGUCUGAAUGAAACCUGCUGAAUAAUGUUACGCCAGCAUAUUGAAUUACAUGGGGGUCUAUAAUUGCAAUUACAGCGUCGCGGGUGGGUCAAAGUUCAACCACUUUUUUUGCAAUUAGUUACGAAUUGCGCGGUUACACUUGUAAUUAACCCCGUUCUGAUAGAUAGGUCUGUUUUUGAUGUGUUUUAAACUCAGGGUUACGAGAGACAACGUCUUCAUUUGAAAGAAAGUGAGUCUGAUAUUUAUUUCAGCAUUAGAUUUGUUGGCUUGUCUCUGACGUGCGGGUAAAUGUUCUGCCAGUACCAACGAACGGCCACUGGAGGGCACCAAAACUCUAUUGAAAUGUGAAACUCCACACUUGCACUUUGUACAAAAUCUGCCCAAGCUGUUUGUCAUUAUAAACCUCGUCAUUAUCCGACCCUUUCAGCAGCAGCUACACUCAAAACUUCACUGAGAGUGUAGAUCUCGCACUCGGAAUGUCAACGACAAAAUUUAGAUUUAAGUUCUUUAUAAUAUGUUUCUGAGUGGCGGGUGUGUCUCUCUCUAAUCGCGCUGAGAGUAUGUUUCAUUCUCUUGCACUCUUUGUAUGACUAGUGCCACUGCAAUGAAUACCUCUUAAGCCAGUGCUGCCCAAACACGGUCCUGGAGAGCCCCUAUCCAGGAAGUUUUGUAGGUCACCCUAAAUUGCUAAUUUCUAAAGACUGGGAACACAUGGAAGUUAUUGAUCAAUUAAGCAAGUAACUUGUUCAAUUAAGGGAACUCUGGUCAUUGGGCCAGUUUACAUACUGGGAAAAUGUCAUGACUUGUUUACUGUCAUGACUUAUUUAAGGUGGUACGGUCUGGAUUACAAUUUUAGUUAGUUUUGGUUUAUGUUUGAAAACAAAUGUAAUACAUUAUACAAAAAUCAAAUACAACAUGAAGUUUCAAAGCAGGAAUUGUUAAAUUAAACAAACCAAAAUUAUCUAAAAUAAUUCAGCUGUACCACCUUAAAUAAGUCAUGAUAUUAGACAGAUAAGUCAUGACAUUUUCCCAUGUAAUCCAGGCCAUUGAGGGCUGAAAAGGGUAGUUCAUUUUUUGUACCAAAUGAUCUUAAAAUGACUUUAAUAAAUUAAUUUAAUAAAUCACCUGCUUAAUUGAUCCCAGUGAAAUUGUUCCAGGUGUUAAGAAAUUGAUGAUUAAAGGUUACCUAUAAAACCUGCUGGAUAGGGGCUCUCCAGGACCGGGUUUGGGCAGCACUGUCUUAAGCCAUUCCUGUCUCUCAAUCAAAGCUGAGAAACGCGUUCAUGGUAGAUUUAAUUUACAAGGCUGUUUCUUUCCCUGUGAAACAAACAGCUGAGGGCUAGAUUAAAGCGUUGGGCUUGUGUGCUAGUGGCAAACGUGUCGGAAGUCUAGAGUGAAAUGUACUAAACCUAGGACUGUAUAAAGAAGGAUAGGACAAUGAUGUCACAAGUGGGCGGAGUUAGUAAACGGUGUAGCCAUUUUUCUUGACAUAAUCAAGCAUUAAUUCACAUAAAUAACAGUCAGUCACUUUAUAUUGACGAUAUUUUGUAUUGUUAUUAAAAAAAAUACCGGUAUAUCCUAUCGCCGCAAUGUAUUCAGUACUGAGUGGGCUCCAGAAAUGGCGCCCGAACUGCAUCACGGGAUUGACUGUCCUGUCCUUCUUUAUAGAGUCCUAGGACUAAAACAUGCGCAAUGCUGGUUGCGGCAUUUUAGUGAAUGCUUUGAAGUUUUUACGGUUCUUUUAACCUGAGAUGAAUAUGUAAUUAUGGGCAUAAAUGCAUACAUUUUGAAAAAAGAAGGGCGGGGAGAUAGUGCGCAUGAGAUUUCUCAAAUAUUAUAAUGAGGUGAACUAACUCUUCAGAACUUUUGAAAGCUCGUUUUGAAGAGUCGCGUUUGUUGCUGGCAUUGUGAUGUUUUGUAUUUUGCGUGUUGUUGUAUUGUGCAAUGUGAUGCUUUGUGUUGUGAUGUUUUGUAAGAGCUGUAAGCCGGCCUGGUGAAGGGGGUCUGCUAAGAAAUAAAUAAUACAAAAAUAAACAUAAUUAUAAUCUGUA